AUGGACCGUUCGUCCUUGUAUUCAGAUUCGGAUGGUCCGGAUUCGGAAGUGAAAAAGUUGAAAAGGAGUAUGACAUUGGAUUUUAAUUCCAGCUCUGCGACAAAACAGAAGAAGCUGGCGACCGUCUUAGCCUCGCCAGAUCUUAACUUGUUGAAAUUAGCUUCUCCGGAGCUGGAAAGGAUGAUUAUUCAAGCUAAUGGAUUAGUGACCACAACGCCAACACCGACACAGUUCGUAUUUCCGAAGUUUGUAACAGAGGAACAAGAGGCAUACGCUAGAGGUUUUGUUGAUGCCUUAGCAGAACUUCAAGGCAGCGGAGCCCUCACGGUAAAUCCAAGAACGCAAGAACUCACAAGAACAUUUACAACUUUAACAGCGCCAACUGCACUUUCACAAAGCGCUGCUGUCCCUACAGUAGCUGCUGUACCAAUUUUCUCGUCAGCCAGUGAACUGCUUACAUCUUUGCCAGGGGGUCAAAUGAGUAGAGGUCCCACUAGUGUCAGCCCUCCAAGAUCUGCAGAUUCUGACUCACACUCUCGGCUCAAUUUGCCCGUGCUUACAAAUGAACUGGAUGUAAGGAUACCGGAAAUAAAAGAGGAACCACAAACGGUACCGUCUCUGGGUACAUCGCCACCCUUAUCACCCAUCAACAUGGAGUCUCAAGAAAAGAUCAAGCUUGAACGAAAACGAGCCCGUAAUAGAGUUGCAGCACGUAAAUGUCGUACACGAAAGUUAGAGAGGAUUUCACGACUGGAAGACCGUGUGAAUGAACUUAAAGGACAAAAUAAUGGCCUUGUUACCACAGCCUCAAGUUUGAGGGACCAAGUUAUGAAACUCAAACAGAAAAUCGUGGAGCAUAUGAACUGUGGAUGUCAAAUUGUGACACCUGUGCUUCAGAAUAUGGCAUAUUAG